UGGCGCGGGAGGCGGAAGUGUCUCGGGCCGCCGCCUCCGUCCCGGCUGCGGCCCCUACUGGUUACAUAACUCGUUGCGGGCUCCGCGCGGCCCCACUUCCUGGCUCCCAGGGACCCCAGGAUGCGCUGAGCCCCACAACGCCGUCCGCUGCCGCCGGCUCCCGCCCGAGGUGUGAAUGACAGAGGUGGUGCCGUCCAGUGCCCUCAGCGAGGUCAGCCUGCGCCUCCUCUGCCACGAUGACAUAGACACUGUGAAGCAUCUGUGCGGCGACUGGUUCCCCAUCGAGUACCCAGACUCAUGGUAUCGUGAUAUCACCUCCAACAAGAAGUUCUUUUCCCUUGCCGCCACCUACAGGGGCGCCAUCGUGGGAAUGAUCGUAGCUGAAAUAAAAAGCAGGACCAAGAUACACAAGGAGGAUGGAGAUAUUCUAGCCUCCAGCUUCUCUGUUGACACACAGGUUGCCUACAUUCUAAGCCUGGGAGUAGUGAAGGAGUUCAGGAAGCACGGCAUAGGAUCUACCGCCAGGCCCACAGUCUGCUCUGCAGCUUCCUGCCAUGGUCCAGCAUCACCACCAAGGGCGGCAUCGAGUACAGCCGGACCAUGUGACACUAGCCAGGCAGCCUCCACCAGGCCCCACCCCUUGGUGCCCUGCGGAAACUGCCCUCCUGGCCAUCUGACUUCUGCUGUCCUCUGCAGAGGAGCCCCAGCUGCAGGCCUGGUGCUACGUGGGCUCGAGAGCAGAGCUUCGCGGGGCAUGCCCGGUCUCCGACAGGCUCUCCCAGCCCUCCUUCCUGUGUGGAAACCUGCGCUUCCUCUGAGCGCUGGUCCUGCCCCGCGCACCAGCCUCUGGGGCCGCUGGGGUGUGGCAUGUGCUCUGUGGUCUGUCUCCUCUGCUGCCCUGGGAGCGAGGGCACCCAAAAGGGCUUCCCUCCCUGCUUCCCCACACCCCUCACUGGCCUCUUCCCCUCCACUGCCUGUUCCUUCCAGCUCCUUCCUCCAAAGUGGGAACGAACUUCUGGGAGGGAAGACCCUAAGUGUCGUGGACAGACUUCACCCUAAAGACACAGGAGCGUCAGAACAAUGCAGGGGCAAAUUAAAGGGAGCGCCAGACUCCCGUGCAGACCCAGUGCACAGAAGCCUGGGGCGCAGGGCGCAGCCCCUGCCUCCCCACCCGGGGCUGGUGCUUGGUGGGCACAGCGCGGGAGGCUUGUCUCCCACACGCAGCUCUGGGGCUUUGCUCCCGACUCAGGCGGUCGGACAACGGGACUGUUCUCCACACCGCCGCUGGGAGGCUGAGGCUUGCAGGCCGGUUCACUGUCUAGAGCAAGCAGAACCGCCAGUCGUCUGGUGGAUGCCCCGUUCAGCUGAGCUACCGCAGGGGACCAGGCUGAAGACAGGCGCCGCCAAGGGUCCUGGGCGUCCUGUCCCCCAGGCCCCCAGCCCCCUGGGCUGUAGCGCAGAGGCCUGGGUAGAUGCGGACCAGAGGAAGCUGAGCCGGCCUUGAUCAAGUGAAACCCAGCUGUUGAGGCUGGGGCAGUCACGUGCCUUGUGGUCCCUCCGCCUCUGGGGCAGAGACCGGAGAGGCUGUUUGAUGCCAGGAAGUGUGCGUGUGGACGGUGUGUGCUCCUGGUGUCCCUUCCGAGCUGCCUGCCACCUGCCCUGACCUCCAGAGCAGAGGGGGUGGUGCAGAGCUACUGUGGCCUAUUGGAGCCAUUGCCAGGGAGCACUGGCCCAAGGGCAGGAGGAGACGGAGCACCCCAGGCGGGGGCUCCGUGACUGGUGUCCUUCCUCCCCUCAGAACUUCCCAGCCUGGGGCUCCUAUGUCCUCAUGGUGGGAAAGGGCUUCUCGAGAUGAAGGUGAUCCGGGCAUGAAAGGCCAUUCUCCUCCCUUGGCUGGGUGUUCCCACCUCUGCGCUGACAUUGACUUCACGCUGAGGCCCAGCUCCAUGUGCUCUCUAAUCUGAAUCCACGAUGAUCAUGUGAUUUUUAUUUCUGCUCCUUGGGUAAGGGAAGAGUCUUCCAGAAGGUUCUGCCUUGGACAUUCAUAAUUGAGCUCAGAGGCCUUGUCCUGCCCUGCCCCCCUACCCCACCCCGCCAGUCACUGCAGUGUCCAGCCCAGUGUUGAACAGGAUUAUAGUGUUUUGUCUCAUUGCAAAUAAAGAGACUAAUUGGUCACAUCCUGUCUUCCCAGGCUCGCUACACUUUGGCCCUGCCCCUGUGGAUCUGCCCUGUGGCUGAGGGUGGCCUAGGAACUGCUUGUCACCUAGCAAGUCCCAACGAUGGCUUGCAGCUCAAAGGGCAAUUGUUUUUUACAAUCAUGAUUGUAAUUUACUCUGCCAAAGAAUGCGGUCCCUGGGGAGAGGUCCUAGAGCUGGUGAUUCAACACAGUCAGGCAGAGACCCUGGGCCAGCGCAGCCCACCACAGGAGCCUGAGGCAAGGUGCCAGCUCAUCCCAACCCCUGGUGGUGCUUCCACCAACCUCUUCUUGGAGCUUCUGGCCACCCCAGGGGCAGGGGGUCAUGCUUGUCACCCCGUUAGACAAAGGAGGAAAACUGGGUCAGGGGCUGGGAGUUGCCCAUGAGCCACACAGCUCCUGAUGGUGGGCCUGAGAGCCCAGCCCGGGCCUGGUCCCUCCCAAGCCCGUGUUUGCUGCUCCCUGAGGCCUGGGUCUCACCCAGAUGGCCCUCCCUAGGGAACAAGUCCUGAGGCUGGUGGCCUGGACUGUGAGCUCCCACCACCCAGGGCCACACCCAUACUUGAAACAGCCUGAAAAGCACGCAGGGACCCAAGUCUCCAGAAUCUGCUAUAGGAGGGAACAGGGCAGGGCCUGAGGGAGCGUUUCUCUGGGUCUGGAAGGGACCCAGCUGCCCUGGUUUCCAGAGUGUCCUUGACACCAUCACGUGUGGUCUGACAGAAGCCUGUGAGAGGGAUAGGUCAGUCCCAGCCUGACUUGGGCUGCCAGGACGGGAAGUCAGCAGGUAGGGGAGAGUCGCUGAGGCAAACCCAGGUCUUCCCAUCCUGUCCCCUGCAGGGCUGAGGCCCAGUGAUGUAGAGCAGGGGGCCCUCAGCCAGAGUGAUUCUGCCCCCUCCAGGGAACAUUAGACUAUCUGGAGACAGUUUUGGUAGCCACAGUGGGAGGAGACCAGGGACGCUGCUAAACAUCCUGUAGCGUACAGGACAGCCCCCCACAACAAAGAUGUCAACAGUGUGAGGUUAAGACAUCCCAUUACAGAAGAGCCCAGGCCGGGUUACCUGGAGUCCAACCCAGCUGGGUGGAGAAGGGCUGUGCCCACUCUGCCUGGAGGGUCAGGGCAGCCAGGGGGCCCCAGGGAGAGUGAACACAACCAAGCCUUCAUUGAGGGGCAGCGUGGGGUCAGGGCCAGCCUCUCUGCCCAGGUUGGGAACUUGCCCUCCUCCCUGACAUCCUCCACAAACCCAGUCUAACUUCCUUUGUCCUCUGCCCCCUCGGCCUAGAGUGCCAAGCCCUGCUUUUAGGCCUGCUGAGACCCUGCCCACCCAGAGGAGGACGGCUCCCUUCUCAACUCAGGGUGGAACACCUGGAUUCCCCAGGAUCGAUUAACACAGAACUUUGCUCUCAGAACACAGGUGCCAAGGGGCUGUUUCUCUAGCUGAAUUGCCUGAUGACAGACAGACCACAGGGACAGAAGGUGCAGGCCUUGGCUUUUAUUGAUACUAGACCUGCAGGCUCCCCAGCCUCUUGGGAGCCCAAACUCUCUGCUCCACCCAGCCUCUCAGGUACAAGUGGCUGACUUGAGUUGGAGCAGGCUGCAAGAGCAUGCCCAGGCUUCUAUUUUUUCUGUCCCUCCUGCAGGACUUCCUCCUCCCUUCCCCCUUGAGUUUUCCUGAGGCUGGCCCAGGCUCUGGUGCUGGGCAGCUGCCCAGGUGUCUCAGUGUUGGGGUGCCACUGGUAGGGACUGAGCCCUUCCUGGACCUGCCUCCUCCUCCUGGGCCAUCCUUUCCCCUCCUGUCCCAAGCUGGGAGAACCAGCCCUGGCACUCGGAUCCCUACGGCCUCUCCAGAGCCCCAAAGCGAGUUCUCUUGUACAAAGGACAUGUGGGCUCCUCUGAGGCCCCCCAGGAUCUCUUGGGCCUGAGCCCCAAGCCUUCAGGGGGACAGGACUGGGAGGGGGCACCCUUGGCUGGGUCCAUGCUGGAACUGGAAGCUGAGGAAAGGGAGAAGAGUCACUCAGGUACCCAGGGGAGGCUGCCAGUCCACCCUGUGACCCCCAGAACCUGGCAUCCUUCAAAACAGGAGGGGAGGGGACGUUCUCCUUAAAGAGAACCCAUGAGGAGAGAAGAAAGAGGGAAACAUGGUUCAAACUAGAAGGACCCUUAUCUAACCUGAACCCCUGAUUUUACAAAUGGGGAAACUGAGGCCCAGCCAGUUGGGAAGAGCCGUCCAAGAUCCUUCAUUAAGUGUGGAGCUGGGACAGGGACCCAGGAGGCUUGGGAGUGGAGAAGGGCCACCUAGGUCCAUCUGAUUCCCCUGCUCCACCCUUCCCUGGGUUUUCCCAUUCAGUCCCCAGCCCUGCAGCACCUGGACAGGUGCUUACCUGUAUUUCCUAGGCUGUCCCUGGGCAGUUGAGCUUCCAGAAGUGCUGAGCGGUGGCUGUUACCUGGGCCUAGAAUCCCCUGUGGUAGCUCCAGGGGCCAGGCCACACCCUUGGGCUGUGGGAGGCAGCCCCUGGCCAUGAGCCGGCCCAGCCAGUGGCUCUCACACUGGCCAGCAGGCUGCACGUGGCCCGGCAGAUAGAGGGCCAGGCCCCGGAGGUGGCGCAGUCGAAAGUUCUUGGGCUUGCUCCCCUGGGCACUGGGGCACUGCUGCUGCUGGGCCCCCAGCCCCCCUUCGUAGAUGUUGGGUGGAGUGUCAGGGUGGCUGAGGCGUCCUUGGGCCCAGCUCACUGCAUCUGUGGAGGGGAGAGCAGGAGGGUGGUGGCCGGCUGGCCACAGUGGCCAUGAGGGGAAAACGCAGUCACAUGCUCGUGAGAUGGGCUCCACCCCCCACCUGCGGAGCCUCAGCUUACCUGUCUGUCAGAAGGGCUCAGCCCCUUGCCUCCCAUCGCCUCCCACCACCUCCCACCUCCUCCCACCCCACAUAGCUUCCCUCCCAACUAACAGGAGCUCUGAGAAGCUUGAGCCUUGGCACCAAGAUCACUUUCAGGACUUCAGGCUCUUUCUGCCAACCUGUUUUGCCCUCUACCCUAAAAAGAGUAUUCUGGUACCCAGGGUCACACAGCCUGGACCAGUGGCCAUACCCCUCUCCCACGCAUGCAUGUCCCUAAGGCCACCCUUGUGGCUUUGGGCCCAGGUCAGGACAGGAGGGCAUCUCUGCUCCUGCCACUCCUCCCCGCAGCCCGGCACCUUCUCUUAUGCGCAGCUCAGAGAACGCACAGACCAAGGCUUCCAUGGAGGGCCAGUGUGGUGGGGAGGAGUGGCCGGGCCUCCUGUGCAGCAGGGCUCUGCUCUCCCCUACCUAUGGGCUGAGUCUGCAAGUCUCCCCUGGCAACCAGCUCUAUGAUGUCACAGGGAAGACUCCCGGGUUUCCUGGACCCCUGAGUUUGGGAAAGGAUGUCCAGGGCAGGAUCAGGGUGGGAGGAGGGCAAGGGAUGGAGAUGGAAUCCUAGGGGAGGUCCCUGGUCCCUCUGGCUUCAGAUAGGCAGACAGCUUUUGCAGGCUGGGAAGUCACUUCCUGGGGUGAACUUUUGAGGUAUCCAUUUCCUCAUCUAUGGGUGGGACAUGAAGGCUUAGGGGUGCAGACUUGCUUAUAUCUGGGUUAGUGCUUUGAGCAUGCUGACAGGUGGUUCUGGAUGACUGGGCAGCUCAUUUAAUUUUUCUGUCCAUUUUCCCAUAAGUAGAUGAUGGCAUACUGUGUGAAUGGUACCAACUGUGAAGCAGGAUGUGGAGGAACUGGAACUCUCAUGUACUGCUGCAGGGAAUGUAAGAUGGUACCACCAGUUUGAGAAGCAGUUUCUAAAAAGUUAAACUUUAAAUUCUCUUUAUUCACAGAUGACAUGAUCUUAUAGACAGGAAACAUUCACACUCAAAAAAGAACUACUUGAGCUAAAAAAAAACCUAUCAGCAAAUAAGGUUCAGCAGAAUCUCAGGAUACAAGAUCAACACACAAAAAUUAACUGUAUUACUACACGCAAGCAAAGAACAAAAAGAAUAAAACAGUCAUAAAAUUAACCAUGGAGGUACAAGACAACACUGAAAACUACAAAGUAUUGCUGAAAAAAAAUAAGACUUAAAUAAAUGGAAAAAUAUCCUCAUUCAUGUAUUUAAUACUGUUAAGACAGCAUUCCUUCCCAAAGUGAUCUAUAGAUUCAAUGCAAUUCUUAUCAAAAUCCCAAUGUCCUUUUAGGCAGAAACAGGCAAACUGAUCCUAAAAUUCAUGUAGAAUUACAAGGGAGACCAAAAGCCAAAAAUGAUCUUAAAGAAAAAGUUUGAAGACUCAGAUUUCCUGACUUAAAAACUUACUACAUACAGUGUUACAGUAAACAAAACAGUGUGGAGCUGGCAUAAGGCUAGACAUCUAGACCGAUGGAAUAGAGUAGAGAGCCGAGAAUUAACCCAUACAUCUAUGGACAAUUGAUUUUUGACAAGAUUGCCAAGACUGUUCAGUGGGGGAAGGAAUAGUCUAUUCAGCAAAUGGAAAGAACAACUGGAAGUCCAGGUGAUAACGAAUGAAGAAUGAAGAAUGGCAUUAGACCCCUACCUCACACCAUAUACAAAAAAUUAACUCAAAAAGCAACAAAGACCUAAAUAUAAGCACUACACUAAAACUGUAAGACUCUGAAGAAAACAGGGGUAAACCUUCAUCAUGAUGGAUUUGGCAAUGGGUUCUUAGAUAUGACAACAAAAGAAAAAAGCAACAAAAACAGAUAAAUUGGACUUCUUCAAAAUUGAAAACUUUUGUGCUGCAAAAGAAGCUAUCAAGAAAAGACAGCCUACAAAAUGAGAGAAAACAUUUGCAAAUUGUAUAUGUGAUUAGAGUGUAGUAUCUAGAAUAUAUAAAGAACUCUUACAACUCAACAGAAAGACGAACAACUCAAUUUAAAAAUAGGUGAAGAGGUGGGGAAGGAUAUAGCUCAAGUGGUAGAGCGCAUGCUUAGCAUGCACAAGGUCCUGGGUUCAAUCCCAGUAUCUCCUCUAAAAUAAAUAAAUAAAUAAAUAAAUAAAUAAAUAAAUAAAUAAAUAAAUAACCUAAUUACCUCCCUCCCAAAAUAAAAUAAAAUAAAAAAGGUGAAGAACUUGAAUACACAGUUCUCCAUAUAAGAUGUAUAUAAAUGGUCAACAAACACAUGAAAAGAUGUUCAACAUCAUUAGUCAUUAGGAAAAUGCAAAUUUAAGCUACAGUGAGACACUACUUCACACCCAUGAGGUUGGCUCUAAAAAACAGCAAAAACAGAAAAUGACAAGUGUUAAUGAGAAUGUGGAGAAAUCUGAAACCCUCCCACACUGCUGGUGGGAAUGUAAAAUAGUACAGCCACUAUAGAAAACAGUUCGGCAGUUUUUCAGCAAGUUAAACAUAGAAUUACCAUAUGACCUAGCAAUUCCACUCCUAGGUAUACACCCCAAAAGAACUGAAAACAGGUAUUUAAAUAAAUACUUAUACACAAACAUUCAUAGCAGCAUUAUUCAUAGAAGUAACCAAAGAGUGGAAAGAACCCAAAUGUCCAUCAACUAAUGGAUGGAUAAACAAAUUGUAGUCUGUCCAUUCAAGGAAAUAUUAUUCAGCCAUAAAAAGGAAAGAAGUACUGAUACCCAGGGCAACAUGGAUGAAUGUCAAGAACAUAAUGCUCAGUGGUAAAAGCCAGAUGCAAAAUGCCACAUAUUUUAUGAUUCCAUUUGUAUUAAAUAGGCAGAAUAAACAAAUCCAUAGUGACAGAAAGCAGAUUAGUGAUUACCAGGGAUGGGGGCAGGGGAGUCACUCCCAUUUGGAAGUGACUGCUUAAUUGGUGUGACAUUUCCUUUUGGGGUGAUUGAAAUAUUUUGGAACUAAAUAGAGGUGGUGAUUGAACAACAUUUCAAAUGUACUUAGUGUUACUGAAUUGUACACUUAAAAAGGUAAAUUUUAUGUUAUGUAUAUUUUACCACAGUAAAACUAAGUAACUGACCAGCACUACUCAAAACUGUUAGGGUCAUCGAAAACAAGGAAAGUUGGAGAAACUGUCACAAAUCUAGAGGAACCCAAAGAGAAAUGAAAAUUAGAUGCAAUGUGGUGUCCUGAAUCAAAUCAUGGAACAGAAAAAGGACAUUAAGUUAAAAAUAAAGAAAUUUUGACUUUAGUUAAUAAUAAUGUGUCAGUGUUGGUUCAUCAGUUAUGAGAAAUGCAUCAUACUAAUGUAAGAUGUCAACAGUGACAGGGGUGUGAGGGUGGAUGGAAUCUACAGGAACUCUGUACUAUCUUUGCAGCUUUUUUGAAAAUCUAAAACUAUUCAAAAAUUAAAAGUUGAUUGAAAAAGAAAAAAGUUAAAUAUUCACCUGCUUUAUGACUCUGAUGUGUCAUUCUAGGUAUUUACUGAAGAGAUAAGACAGCAUAUUGUGUGUAAAAGGAUUUCUAGCUGAAUAUUUGUACCAGCUUUAUUUGUACUGGCCCCAAAUUGGAAAUGUCCAUUAACCAGUGAUGGGUAAAUAAAACUGCAGUCUAUCCAUGUGAUGGAUAUACAAGUCGGCAGUAAAAAGGAAUGAAUUACUGAUACAGGCUACAACAUGGAUGGGUCUCAGAAUAAUUAUGCUGAGUAAAAGAAGCCAGAAAAAAAGGAGCAUAUGUUAUACGAUGACAUGUAUAGAAAACUCUAGAAGUACGCAAGUCUACGAUGACACAAAGCAGAGGAAUGGUUGCCUAUGGUACAGGGAAUGGCAGGAGGGUGAUAAUACAAAGGGCUGGGCACGGGGAAACGAGGUGAAGGAUGUGUUUCUCUCUUGACUGUGGGGAUGGUUUCUUGCAUGUAUACGCUUGCCAAAAUUUGUUAAAUUGCACACUUUAAAUAUAUGCACUUUAUCUUCUGUCCAUAAAGCAGUUGAAAGAAAUUUAAAACCGAGGAGGGGGGCUCUGGCCCCCUUGUCGGUGCUCCCUCUGUGCUCUGCUGUCUACAGUGGAUGUCAAGUGCGGUCUGCCCCAAACCACCCAUCACUUCUCCUGUAGCCCUCACAGCCACCUGGUCAGGCAUCACGACCUCCGUUGUAACACUGAAGAAUAUGAGUCACCAAGAGGUUAACCUCCCAAGGUCACAUGGCUUUAGGGACAGCUCUAGAUGCCUAUGCACACCAGUUAGCCCUAACUUACAGCAGAUCUGCUGGACUUCCACUGGCCUAUUGUGCCAGCCCUGAACUGGGCAUGACAGAGUCAGCACAGAGCAUGAGGGGAGGGUGGAGACAUGGCCUUUCCUCAAAGACCCUUUGCCUCACUGGAGUGAGGAUGAUGUACUCUUGCUCACUCAUUCAUUCAUUCAGGUAUUAAACAUACAUGUUCUGAGGGCUUAUGUAGCACUAAAUACUAUUGGAGACUUGAGGAGAGAGUCGAGUAGGGCAGAGAAGGUAUCUAUUUUCAUGGCACUUACAUGUCCAGAUCAGAGACACAAAAGAUAAGCAAAGGAGAUGUUUCUAGAUCAUACUAUGAAAAUAAAAUAAGGUGAUGUAAUAGGGAGUGGCCGGGAAGGAUCUGCUUUGGUGAAGGUAGUCCGGGAAGCCUCUUCACAAAGAUCUGAAGUUGGGAAGAGUGCUCCUGGGAACUGCACGUGCAAAGGCCAGGAGGCAGGAAUAUGGGGUUGUUCAACAGAGAGCAGGGUAGGAUGGAUGGAGGGAAGGCAGUGAAGGGAGCAGAGGAGGUGCAGCUAAAGGGAGUGAGUUUUAUUUGAAUUGCAAUAGGAAACCAUUGGAUUGCUUUGUUUUUCUAAGGCUAAUUUUUAAGUCAUGCUCACUGAGAUACAAUUUUAGAUAUGGCAAAACUCACCCCUUUUAGUGCACAGCUGUAUGAGUUUUGACAAACAGUGACUGCCGUAUAAUUACCACCACAAUUAAGAUAUAGAACAGGUCCAUCACCCUGAAAUUAUUUGACACCCAGCUCCUGGAAACCACUGAUUUGUUUUGUCUUUAUAUUUCCAUCUUACCCAGAUUGUCAUAUAAAUGGAAUGUACAGUAGGAAGCCUUUUGAGUCUGGCUUCUUCCACUUAGCAUAAGGCAUUGGAGAGUCAUCAUUGUCCUUGUGUAUUUCAGCAGUUGGCUUCUUUUUCUUCUUUAUUUUUUGGUUCCUGAGUGGUAAUUCAUUAUGUGAAUGUACUGCAGUGUGUUUAUCCAUUCAUAAGUUGAGGGACACUUGAAUGGUUUCCAGUUUGGGGCGAUUAUAAAUAAAGCUGCUAUCAACAUUUGUGUACAA